AUGCUAAAAGAUUUUAUCCUCCCUAUUAAAAUUCUAAUUUUAUUAUAUAACGAAUUGGCGAUCAUGUACAAUGAUGAAAGUGUUUUGGAGCAGCAUCAUUUGGCUGUUGCCUUUAAACUUCUUCAAGAUUCUAACUGUGACUUCCUGUGCAGUCUAUCCAAAAAACAACGGUUGCAGUUCCGAAAGAUCGUCAUCGAUAUGGUGCUGGCUACUGAUAUGUCUAAGCAUAUGUCUCUGUUGGCUGAUUUGAAAACAAUGGUAGAAGCAAAAAAGGUGGCCGGCAACAAUGUGAUCGUUUUGGACAAAUAUAACGAUAAAAUCCAGGUUCUGCAAUCGAUGAUUCACCUGGCGGAUUUAUCGAAUCCGACGAAACCGAUCGACCUUUAUCGACAAUGGAAUUCACGAAUUCUCGAAGAAUAUUGGCGACAAGGUGAUCGGGAGAAAGAGCUCGGUAUCGAGGUGUCACCAAUGUGUGACCGAGGGAAUGUCACCAUUGAGAAGUCACAAGUCGGCUUUAUCGACUACAUAGUCCAUCCACUAUAUGAGACGUGGGCUGAUCUGGUAUAUCCAGAUGCACAGAACAUACUCGAUCAGCUUGAAGAAAAUCGUGAAUGGUAUCAAUCGCGAAUCCCUGAAGAGCCUGAAUCAGCUCGUUCAGGGAACUCGUAG